UCUCUCUCUCUAUCUUCCUCAAUACACACGAUGCACCAUCAGUCACAACGCUACAAUUCAAACGAUUAAAAGUGUAAAUAUUCCGACAAAAUAAACGUACCGAUAAAACGAGAAAAAUGUUGUGUAGUGCCGUUUAAAACAAAAACAUUCUGUGAAAAUUUAAAAUAAACGAAAUAAACAAAAUGGAAGAACUUUCGAAGCUUGAGCAUUUGUCGUUGGUGUCGAAGAUUUGCACCGAGUUGGAUAACCAUUUGGGCAUGAACGAUAAGGAUUUGGCCGAAUUUAUCAUCGAUCUAGCCGAAACACAUACAACAUUUGUUGCAUUUAAGAAAGCGCUUUUGGAAAAUGGUGCCGAAUUUCCAGAUUCAUUUAUCACCAGUUUAUUGCGAAUCAUUCAAUUGAUGAAAACAUCAAAGAAACUUAUCGACGAUAAUGACGACGAUGAAUUCAAAACAAAACCAAAUGUUGAUCGAUUAGCUAUGAAAUUUCCUGGUUUGGCAAUGCCAAAUAAAUUACAAGAUGAUAUGAUUCCACCGAACGAAGCUGCAAAAGAUGAAAAGAAAGAUAAGAAAUUGAACACUGUUGCCGAUGAUAUGUUGGCUGAAUUGGAAGCGUUUGCACCGUCCAAAAGUGGCAACGAAACUGAAUUGAAGCAAGACGAGAAAAGGGAACGAUCUAGAGAGCGUAAAUCACGCCGAGACCGUUCGAAAAAUCGUGAAAAAGAACGAGAUAAAGUUCGAGAACGUGACAGAGACAAAGACAGAUCAUCGAGAAGAAGCCGGUCAAGAGAACGAACCGGUCGGUCGAGAGACAGAGCCGGUCGAUCGAGAUCAAAAGGUCGAAAGCGAUCACGCAGUAAAGAUAGACGAAGAAGUCGGUCGCGAGGUAAACGGAGUGAUUCCAAAUCACGAGACCGUAGACGUUCAACAUCGCGUGACAAACACCGAGAUCGGCAAAGAAAUCGAAAUCGAAGCAGAAGUCAUGAUCGACAUCGGAAUCGUUCACCACCACAAUCAUCACGUAAACGAAGUACAACACCAAUGCCCGAUGAUCCUGAAGCCGGAAAAAUUUACUCUGGCCGUGUGGCAAAUAUCGUGCCAUUUGGUUGUUUUGUUCAAAUAAUGGGAUUGAAAAAGCGUUGGGAAGGUUUAGUGCACAUAUCCCAAUUGCGUUCCGAAGGCCGUGUAACCGAUGUUACGGAAGUUGUGUCACGCGGAUCAAAUGUUAAAGUAAAAGUAAUGUCAUUGGCCGGACAAAAAGUAUCGUUGUCAAUGAAAGAAGUUGAUCAGGAUACGGGUGCCGAUCUAAAUCCAUCUUCACAUUUACAUUUGAAUGAUGAAAUGCGAGAUAGAAAUCCAGAUCGACCAAUGGCUGGCACAUCGUUACUACAUUUGGAAGGAAAUAAGGAUGCCGAAGAGGAUGUAACACGGAAGAAGGUCACCCGAAUAUCCAGCCCAGAACGAUGGGAAAUAAAACAAAUGAUUUCAUCGGGUGUUAUUGAUCGUACUGAAUUACCUGAUUUUGAUGAAGAAACUGGCCUAUUGCCAAAAGACGAGGACGACGAUGAAGCUGAUAUUGAAAUUGAAAUUGUCGAAGAAGAACCGGCAUUUUUGCGUGGACAUGGUCGUGCAUUGCAUGAUCUAUCACCAGUUCGAAUUGUUAAAAAUCCAGAUGGUUCGCUUGCUCAAGCAGCUAUGAUGCAAUCGGCUUUGGCCAAGGAACGAAGAGAACUACAAAUGUUACAACGUGAACAAGAAAUGGACAGCAUACCAACGAGUUUGAACAAAAAUUGGAUCGAUCCAUUGCCCGAAGAUGAUACUCGAGAAUUAGCAGCUAAUGUACGUGGAGUCGGAAUUGCACCGCAAGAAGUUCCCGAAUGGAAAAAGCAUGUAAUUGGUGGCAAAAAAUCGUCAUUCGGUAUGAAAACCAAUUUGACGCUUAUCGAGCAAAGACAAUCGCUUCCAAUUUACAAACUACGUGAUGAUUUGAUUAAGGCUGUUACCGAUAAUCAAAUUCUGAUUGUCAUCGGUGAAACGGGUAGUGGCAAAACGACACAAAUGACACAAUAUUUGGCUGAAUGUGGAUUCACCGCUCGUGGUAAAGUGGGAUGCACACAACCAAGAAGAGUGGCCGCAAUGUCUGUGGCAAAACGUGUUGCCGAAGAGUUUGGUUGUCGUUUGGGUCAAGAAGUCGGUUAUACAAUUCGUUUUGAAGAUUGUACAAGCCAAGAAACGGUAAUAAAAUACAUGACAGACGGUAUGUUAUUGCGUGAAUGUUUAAUGGACAUGGACUUAAAAGGAUAUUCCGUGAUUAUGUUGGACGAAGCUCAUGAGCGUACAAUUCAUACGGAUGUUCUGUUUGGUUUGCUAAAACAAGCCGUACUAAAACGUGCUGACCUCAAAUUAAUUGUUACAUCAGCCACAUUGGAUGCCGUUAAAUUUUCACAGUACUUUAUGGAAGCGCCAAUUUUUACCAUUCCCGGUCGAACGUUUCCCGUUGAAGUGUUGUAUACAAAAGAGCCCGAAACCGAUUAUUUGGAUGCAUCGCUCAUAACAUGCAUGCAAAUUCAUUUAAGAGAACCACCGGGUGAUAUUUUACUAUUUUUGACGGGUCGUGAAGAGAUCGAUACGGCUUGUGAAAUAUUGUAUGAACGCAUGAAAUCACUUGGACCCGAUGUACCCGAAUUGAUUAUAUUACCAGUGUAUUCAGCAUUGCCAUCGGAAAUGCAAACACGAAUUUUCGAUCCAGCACCGGCUGGCAGUCGUAAAGUGGUUAUUGCCACAAAUAUUGCCGAAACUUCAUUAACAAUCGAUGGUAUUUAUUAUGUGGUCGAUCCCGGUUUUGUAAAACAAAAAGUGUACAAUUCAAAAACUGGCAUGGAUUCGUUGGUGGUAACGCCCAUUUCUCAAGCAGCUGCUAAGCAACGCGCUGGUCGUGCCGGUCGUACAGGUCCCGGUAAGUGUUAUCGAUUGUAUACAGAACGUGCGUAUCGUGAUGAAAUGCUUCCGACACCGGUACCAGAAAUUCAACGAACGAAUUUGGCAACGACCGUUUUACAAUUGAAAACAAUGGGCAUUAAUGAUUUGUUACAUUUUGAUUUUAUGGAUGCACCACCUGUUGAAUCACUGGUUAUGGCAUUGGAACAAUUGCAUUCAUUGUCCGCAUUGGAUGACGAAGGAUUAUUGACACGACUUGGACGUCGAAUGGCUGAAUUUCCGCUGGAACCAAAUCUAUCGAAAAUGUUAAUUAUGUCGGUUGCGUUACAGUGUUCGGAUGAGGUGCUAACCAUCGUAUCAAUGCUUAGCGUACAGAAUGUUUUCUAUCGACCGAAAGAUAAACAAGCGUUAGCUGAUCAAAAGAAAACGAAAUUCAAUCAACUUGAAGGCGACCAUUUGACUCUGCUUGCGGUUUACAAUAGUUGGAAAAAUAAUAAAUUUUCGAAUGCUUGGUGCUAUGAAAAUUUUGUACAAAUUCGAACGUUGAAACGAGCACAGGAUGUGAGAAAACAAUUGCUUGGCAUUAUGGAUCGACAUAAAUUGGAUGUUGUAUCAGCCGGAAAGAAUACGGUACGCGUACAAAAGGCAAUUUGUUCGGGUUUCUUUCGGAAUGCAUCAAAGAAAGAUCCACAAGAAGGCUAUCGAACAAUUGUCGAUUCACAAGUCGUUUAUAUUCAUCCAUCGAGCGCUCUAUUCAAUCGACAACCCGAAUGGGUUGUUUAUCAUGAAUUGGUGCAAACAACAAAAGAAUAUAUGCGAGAAGUAACAACAAUCGAUCCAAAAUGGUUGGUCGAAUUUGCAUCGGCAUUCUUUCGCUUUAGCGAUCCAACGAAACUCAGUAAAUUCAAGAAAAAUCAACGUCUCGAACCACUCUAUAAUAAAUACGAAGAACCCAAUUCGUGGCGUAUCUCAAGAGUUCGACGGCGACGCAAUUAGAUUCAUAAUUUUUUUUUUUUCUUUUGUAAAAUUGAAACAUAUUACUUUUGUCUGAUUUAUUUUUUUUAGUGAU